AUGGCGCUGGUCAUCGGCAACUCGACCUUUGGGGAUGUGACUCAGACCCUUGAGGCGCUCAAGCCUAACAUGCUCCGCGAUAAUCUCACUGCCCGGGCAAUCAACGCCACUUUUUCGCUCUUGGCCAACGCCUUUACUCAAGAGGACAAUGAACUGCGCUAUGCUAUCAUGACGACCCUACAGCAGUGCCGAACCUUCAUCAUGCAUACGGCCACCCUUGAUUACAUCAUCCCCAACUUUGUCAAAGUGCUGCAUAGUAAUGAUGCUCUGGCCCGGACCCUCACGCUCAAGUCAUUGCUGCCGCUUGCUGCGAUGGCCGCCCAGCAAAGCGUUUUGUACGACCAGCAUUCGCAAGUGUUCGCCGCCCUGCUUCUGAAUCAGGUUCAAACCUCACCCGCCCGCCACAUUUGCUUCUUCUCUCUUUCUUGUCAGCCCACGCGUGUGAGCACCACUCUUGAUGUCUCGGCAACCCUCAAUCAUGUGGUACAAAGUUUACUGCGCGAGCGACCCACCGAGGACCAUCCAGUGGUUUUAAAUGCUCUGGUGGCCUGUGUACGAGCACAACCCGCCCUAGCUGAUGCUGCGCUUUUGGGGCUUCUCCUGCCUAAGACACGCCUUCCACAGCUUUGCCCCCUGAUCCUAGAUAUCUUUGAGGCCGCGCUGUGCGUCCAAAAUGAAACGCUGUACCAGCUUGAUUCAGAGGCCCUCUGUGGCGUGUUGCAGCCGCUCCAGGCGACGCUGCAAGCACGCUUGCAGGAUCCAGACACCAGUGUGGCCGUGGUACUUGUUUCCUUCAACGUCCUUGGUCGAGUUGCAGCUUUACGUUACACUUCGCCGGCCCUGGAAUCGGCGCUCCAGGACUGGCCCGCGCUUGAGCAGCGACAGGACAUGUGGGGAGAAUACGCCAGUCGAUGCCUCCCUGACCCAACGCGCUCGCGACCCCUAGCCGACCAAGUUGCAGAUUUUAGUGCCUUGCUGCGUGACCUCGAGCGCGGAUGGCUAGAUGAGCUCACAUGGGCUGCAGCUGCAAAACCGGCGAUUCUUCUCAUGCACCUCCUGCAGCGCGCUCUGACCGUGGACGUGACUCUUGUCAGCAGCGUGGCUGUUGGCCUCGAAAGCUUGGUUGCGGCGCUGCGUCGCGUGGCAGUAAUGUGCCCCUCUGCUGUGCCCGAUGACGUCGAGUGUGCUUUGAUGGAUCUCGUGACGGCCUGCAUCGACCUUAUUGGUCAGCACGACAAUGCGCGACACCUCUUGCCAACCCGCGUUGCUUCCCUUUUGGCGCUGGCUGCUGCCAACAGCGAGGAAGCAACUGUGGCUGUUCAAAGGUUGUAUCAAACCGUUGUAGCGCAAAAUGAUGGCUGGCUCACGUAUCGCCUGCAGCGCCGGCUCUUGAUGAAUGGAAUGAUGGUGGUGGCUGAGAGUCGACCCGUCUCUCCAGUGGAUAACCCGGAGGGGGACAGUAUGCACCCCUCAAAGCGUGCCAAAAUAGCUUUGACCAACACGCGUCAGGUUCUGGGCCAGCUGCAUGAAGCAUUCCUGGCCAUGGUGGAUGCGAUGGGUGAGGCUGAGGCAGCAGGCGGCCCUUUUGGGGCCGUUGAACAACAUGUCACAGUGCUACAAACAGCUUCCAACUGGCAUUUUCAGCAACAGUACCUCGAGUUUCGCCGCUUGCUGCAUGAUGCUCUCAGUCUGGCGCUGCGUCAGCUGCGCCGUGGCUUGACAGGCCGCCUCAGUUGCCUCGGCCAUGUACAUCGUGUCUACCAUCUUGUGCGAGCCUUGCUAGAGGACCACUACGCCAUGGACGAUGCCAGCUGGACCUACCUGGACACUUGGCGUUGGGUGCUAGCGCAGUUGCUCGAUGCCUUGCAACGCCGGACCGAGGAGCGACCUGUUGCACCAGAGCUUGAUUUACUUCGACCACGGCAGCUGCCCUCAGACGAGAGUCUUGGUCUUUUGGAGCGAGCGCAACAACUCAUGUUAGCAAAAGCGCAAUCAGCCAACGUUCUAGGGCAAGCCGUCUUCGAUUUGCUGGCCCGACCCUUCCCUGUCCCACGACAUUUUUUUCGUGACAGCAAUUUGUUGAUGGCGCGCCUCGAGUGCUCGCCCCAGCUGCGAGAUGGGCGCCCUUUCACCGUUGCCCUUGACUCGUACUGCAACGUCUUUGUCGAUGGCUCUCUGAUCUUACCUGAUGCCACAUGGUUUACUCAUGGCAAGUUGGCCCAUGCCAUACGUUCACACCUUUGUUAA